AUGAAUGAUAUUUUCGGACUGACGGAUACGUCUGGACUGACUCAAUGUGCUGUACAUCUUGAAUGGCAUCUGCAAAAGUUCGUCAGAAUUGAGCUCAAUGAUUGUUGGGAUUUGGGUGUUCUUCUCACAUUAAGUGGCACCGUUGAUAACGCCUAUGCCACCACCUGCGAGGACUAUAUCCGUCGCUUCUGGGGUCCUGAUGGGCUAGCUGUGCUUGAGGCAAUCAAGAACCAGGUCAUAAAUCAUGAAACAUCCAGCGGUCAACUGAAGCAUCUCGGGGUUCGUUAUACAAUCGAGGCCAAUGAUAAUGGCCAGGACAUAGACGUUCGAGGCACCCCUGAGAAACUUUUCAACUUUUUCCAGCUACUUUCCUGGCUAGUGUGUACCUUCCAAGUAUCCCAGAUUAGCCCGCUUACGGCAUAUCGAGGGGUUCUGAGGAACGAAGGCUCAUCGCCGCGUCGUCGUUAUUCUAUUGCGAGAGAGGCUUACACGAUCAGCGACGCCGAAACAGGCUCAUGUUGGCUUCCUAUGUUUCGAAACUGCAGUCUAGCUCAUGGUUAUCCCGUUCCUCUCCGAACGGCGGAGGUCGGACUUGAGCUUUCGUUUGAUGUCAUGGUCACCUUAGGACGGAUUCUUUACCCUCUUGAACUACCGGAUGGCAUAAUCUUGAAAGGGCAUUCAACGAUGUUGGUUCCAACACUAGCGUCAAGUCCUAACUGCGUCCAGUGGCAUUUUAUCGCCUCCGAAACUCCCGAAAAUUAUAUUGGGGUGGACAGAAUUCCAGAUGAUCUUCGGGGAAACAUGGUGGGAUUGGACGUGGAUACGCUGAAAAGCUACCGGGCUUUUGUUGGAUACUGCACGCGGGCUCGUGUGCAUGCAGGGACAAAGCACUCUCAAUUUGACCAAAUCUGUUCGUCCGAAGCUCAAAAGGCCCGUACUACUGUCCGUCUCGAGCGUGAGAUUGCCCCCACAAUAAGCCUCUCCGGCCUAGGCUCGUUUGGGGCAGGGAUUGGGUCCCGAGUGACCUUUCCUAGAGGAUUAAUUGCAUCGGUAGAGAACGAGGAUAUCUUAUUGGAAGAUCGACUACUGAACUCUCAGAGGAAUCCUUUACUUCUUUACGAUGUUCCCAACCAAGUCGGAUUUCUGAUUCCCGAGCUCUGUGCUGUGCUGGAAAUUGCCCACGCGUGGGCAUCCCGACAGGCAGAUAGAGAUACUCUUCUCUCCGUGAUUCCUUUUGCAGAGGCGUCACAUGAUGGCGGACAAGCAGCGUACAAUGCAAUCGUCGCGAACCGAAACUUAGUCCUCCGGGAAGCGGAGGGCGACGAAAAGCCAUAUAUGUUCAUGACCAAGCUCAAGGAAAUAUUCCGUUAUGUAGAGCAGCGACGAGAACUUCAGCGCGUUUACAACUCUUCCUUCCGCAUGCUGGAAAGCCAUUGCAUUCGUGGCUGGGAGUUAUAUGAUAUCGCUGCCUGCAGAUCGUCUUGGGAGAAACAAGUCCGCCUCCCGCUGGGAAGAGCAAGUUGCUGGCGUGACGUCGUGCGUGAGAAUCAGGACAUGCUCGUGCUGUUUUCUCAGGGGAUGGCAAAUGCGAUCCAGCCCGAGCCUGGAAGCGUAUGUGGAGCAUGGGUUCCUUUGCCACAGCGUGAGAACUAUCUCUUAGCUAGUACGCCAUGCAUCCGCGACUUGACAGAUAUGCACGGAGGAAAUCAUCACAGGCCAAGGCUGGGAAAUCAGUUGUUUAUUGAAAAAACGGGAAAGUCUGAUCCAUUUGGACCCUGCGAUGCUGGUACUGGGGGGACCUGUAACCGGGUCCUCAAACUCACGAAAAGCCGUCCCAGUGAUGAUUUUGAUCUUCCAAAAGAGGGAGCCAUUGUUCUAGGCUCCCAAGAAUAUCGCCCUCAUGAACUCUCUAAAACCCGUGGCCGAACAUCAUGGCUCGGGCCUUUGGAGACCUUAUCGGCUUUGCUCGGAAGGGAAGAUGACAAGCAGUCUCAGGACUAG